GUCCCCUACUCGUGUCUCAUUUUGAUCAUCAACAUAUUACCUGCUCGUUCUCCAUGGUAUAAGCCGAUCCUGAUGUCAGAACACCAUCUACAAGCCACCCACUCGCCCUAAUCCCCGCGUAUCCCAUCAUGGGGUCGCCUCACAUGCUCAUGCCACUGCGGCGGCGUCCGUGGACUUGUCGCACGUGUUUGUCCCAGGCCCGACGCUCACUGAAGACUGCUGCCGCACACCGUCCCGCUAGAGACUACACGCCCACCAAGAAUGAUCACCAGAAGAAAACCGAGGAUGAGACUCUCCGACGCAUGUUCGAUUCGCAGCCCUUCUGGCGGGAGUUCUCUCGGAGCAGUGCUGCCCAGUUGAAACCCACCGGGCUGGUUCAAAACCAAUACCUUACCAGCCCAGAUGGCUUCCGCGUCUUCGCUACCUCCACCCUGCAGAAAUGCCAGGCGAUCGUCACCAAAGUGCUCGCCGCCUCGACCUUGAAAGAAUACCAGACCAUGGCCCGUGAUCUCGACCGACUCAGCGACCUGCUGUGUCGGGUGAUCGACUUGUCGGACUUUAUCCGGGUUAUUCACCCGGAUCCGCAGGUGCAGGAGGCGGCCACGCAGGCAUAUGCGCUCAUGUUUGAAUACAUGAACGUUUUAAACACGACCACGGGUCUGAAUGAUCAGCUGAAGAAGGCAGCUGCCAACCCGUUGGUCACGGCACAUUGGUCGGAGGAGGAGAAGAUUGUGGCGCAGAUCCUUAUCAAGGAUUUCUCUAACUCAGCCAUUCAUAUGCCUCCAAACGAGCGACAGCGGUUCGUCAACCUAUCGACAGAGGUCAGCCAGCUAGGGUCAGCCUUUGUCAAUGGCGCCGAACCGGCCCAGGCUAAAGUGUAUGUCGAGGCCAAUAACCUGCGCGGCUUGGACCCCAUGCUGGUGCACAAGAUGAAGCGGUGGGGGACUCGCACCAUAUCCGUGCCGACUAUGGGUCUCAUCCCGCGAAUGGCGCUGCGAUCGGUCCACAUGGAGGACGUUCGCCGAGAGAUCUACCUGGCUACGCGGACGUCGAGUCCGAAUCAGAUCCAGGUUUUGGAGAAGCUGCUCACGAAACGGGCGGAGCUCGCGCAGCUGUCCGGCUUCGAGAGCUUCGCACAUAUGACGCUCCAUGACAAGAUGGCCAAGAGUCCGGAAGCCGUGGCCAAAUUUCUGACGGCCCUUGUCGGCAGCAACCGUGAACUCGUCAAGGAGGAGCUCGCGCAGUUGCAACGCAUGAAGGGCGCCAGUCCACUGCAACCAUGGGAUCACGCGUAUUAUGUGCACGGACGGGUUCAGCAGUAUUCAAUGGCGCGCCGGUCGCGGGAGCUGAACGCAGUACCCGAAUUCUUCUCGCUGGGCACGGUGAUGCAAGGCCUGUCUCGCCUAUUUGAGCGACUGUAUGGAGUACGGUUGGUGCCUCGGGAGACGGCUCCCGGUGAGACGUGGAUGUCGGACGUCCGCCGCUUGGACGUGGUCGACGAGUCCGGCCGACACCUUGCGGUCAUUUACUGCGAUCUAUUUUCGCGGCCCAACAAGCAUCCGAACCCGGCCCACUUCACCUUGCGGUGUGCGCGGGAGAUCUCCGCCGAAGAGGUGGCCGAGUGCGCGACAGUGCUGGACUCGUCGGCGCAUCCCAACGAUGGCAUGGCGACGGCGAUUGACUCGGAGAGCAAGACGCUCCGCCAGCUCCCCACAAUCGCUCUAGUGUGCGACUUUCCCGAGCCCCCCGCGACGGGAGCGGGACGCCCGGCUCUGCUGACUGAGCACAGUGUGCGCACGCUGUUCCACGAAAUGGGUCAUGCGUUGCACUCCAUUCUCGGACAGACGCGAUUGCAGUCCAUCUCUGGAACGCGCUGCGCGACCGACUUUGCCGAGCUGCCCUCGGUGCUGAUGGAGCAUUUUGCCAUGGCACCGGAGGUGCUGUCGCUGUACGCCCGCCACUGGGAGACAGACACCCCGCUCUCGGAGAGCAUGAUGCGGAGCAUGGCCAAAGACCGGUCUGCGCACGCCUCCGUCUAUGGUGCUGUCGAGAACGAGGCCCAAAUCCUCAUGGCGCUUGUGGAUCAGGCUUACCACACGCUGCCGGCGAAUCGGCCGAUCGACAGCACGGCACUCUACCAUCAAGUGGCGACGACGCAUUCCAGCCUGCCCGAUCCCACGGACACGCAGCCGCUUACGUCGUGGCAGGGAUUCUUCGGCCACUUGUAUGGCUACGGGGCCACCUACUACAGCUACAUCUUCGAUCGGGCGAUCGCUAAUAAGAUCUGGGAGGACGUGUUCCGCGGGGGCCAGGCGGCGGUGGAGCGAGACGCCGGCGAGCGGUACAAGAAGGAGGUGCUCCGCUGGGGUGGUGGACGCAAUGGGUGGGAGUGCGUGGCUGGAGUCUUGGGCAGCCAGAACGCGGCCAACGCGGAUGGGCGGUUGGUGGAGGGCGGCGACGAGGCGAUGCGUGAAGUCGGCCGAUGGGGACUGGGGCGCGAUGGAGUCUCUGGGUGAAGGCUCCUUUUUUUGUCUUUCUUGCUUCCACCCCGGCCAGGCGUAACGGUAGCACGGCAGCACGGCAUUUAACGCCACGAGGAUGUUGAACGGUCUGGGUCAGCACGGAUGCUACUGUAGAAGAG